GGUUCACGAAACAUUUUCAGGGAGCCAGAAGAAAUUAAAAAAAAAAAAAACCUACUGUUAAUUUAUAUUACAAUACAGGAAAACACAAUGAAAGGAAUUCACUUUCUGGCUGGACUGCUGCUGUUGAUUAUUGUUCAAGGUAGCUGGCAGAUCCCUCUUCAAGAAACAGGAGAUAAGUCCAGGUUUUUGAAAAUGAGAGAAGCUGAACCAUCUGAUGAAGCCAGAGAGCUUUCACACGUCAAACGUCACUCACAAGGCAUGUUCACCAAUGAUUACAGCAAAUAUUUGGAAGAAAAACUUGCUCAAGAGUUUGUGGAGUGGUUAAAGAAUGGCAAAUCUAAAAGGAGUGGAGAAAUCACAAAACGGCAUGCUGAUGGGACCUACACCAGUGAUGUCAGCUCCUUCCUGCAGGACCAGGCAGCCAGGGACUUUGUUUCUUGGCUGAAGAAGGGGCAGGGCAGAAGAGAUGUCUCACUGGAAAACAGUGUGUCUGAAGAAUUGCGUAAAAGACAUGGAGAUGGAAGCUUCACGCACGACAUGACGACAGUUCUAGACAGCAUUGCUGCAAAAGAGUUCCUAAACUGGGUCAUGAACUCUAAGACUUCAGAGGCAAGUGAGUAUCAAUGAAUAAGGAAAUACCAUUGAUCUGGAAAAUGCUUCUGAAAACUGAAAACUGAAAACUGUUCAAAAUCUGUGUUCUACAAUUGACAUUUGAUCCCACUUAAGCCAUGCCACUGUGCAAUAACUAAAAUGCAACACAGUGUCAAGAUUGUAAAAGGAAACAAAUAAGAUCUCAAUGUAUACACUGUAACUACACCUCAUUAACGCUGCAGUGUAUCAAAGGCGAAAAGCAAUACUGGCUACCUUCUUUCUAUUUAUGAAGUUAUUUUUCUAUAAAAUUGGUUUGUAUAUACAGAAUGUGCAUUCGCUAAAUUUGUAGAGAAAAUUUAAAUAACUGCAUUCCUUAUACAAUUGUUUCAAAAUGCAUUAAAUACUUGUCAUAAAUAAACAUUUUCAUGAUAUUCAAAA